AACGUUUGGCAUUUCAACUCAAGGAAAUUCACAGGUUUAAUGGGGAGCCGAAGAUGGUAUUUUCUGCUAGCCUAUGACUAGGACGGCUUCCAAUUGGGUCACCUCUUUCCACCGACUGGAGAGGCUCCCAUUGGUUUACCAAAACAUUCGGGGAUAUGCCUCUGGCCCAAAAAGGAGAUAUCCUCUGGAUCCAGAUCAUGCAGAUUACUUGCCAGUGUUUCAGUAUGUGUCAGAGAAACGAAUUCCUGGAACAAGGGUAUAUACAUGGGGAGUAUCAAUGCAUGGAGCUCUUGGAUCAGAGUCACUUGUGAGACCUGCAACCAGGAAGCAGAAACCUCGCUACUAUGCUCACAAGCCUUGCCGACUCUCCUUUGCUGAACAGUUCAAGGUGGUAGACAUUGCUUGUGGCUAUGGGUUUUCCCUCUUCAAAGUUGAUGACAAGAAGUGUCCUGCCAAAGUUUUUGGAUGUGGCCUCAACACAGAUGCCCAGAUUGGCUACCAUGUUGGACGGAAGGGUUGUGCAAUGGAGUUGCUGUUGGAGCCAGCAGGAAUCCAGUUGCCAGUUGAAGAUCCAGCAGGAGUUAAG